AUGCUGCGAAUGAUCGCCAUGGCUACAGCUUGCACUCUGAUAGCGCUCCACCAUGUAUCAAAGAAUCCAUUUCGAGAUCCAAUGGCCAACGGAGCCGAGACGUUGUCCCUUACUGCUUUGAUAGUAAUUUCCAUUAUCAAUCUUACCAAGGCAACCCUGAUAUCAUUUGGCAUCACAAUCACCGGGCCUUACAAAUAUUAUCUGGAAACCAUGGAGUGGUUUGAGGUUGGCGCGCUGGCGGCUGUGCCGGUUACCCUGUCUGUUUUGGUCAUUGGUGCCAUUCUCUCCCAACUCGUCCGGGCUUUGUUUUUCCUUUUGGAGCAAGCUGCUAGAUGUUGUUAUUGGCAUGGCAGUGCUCAUUGGUCCAAAAAGGAAGAAAGAAAGCCCCUCUUGGAUUACACUCGUUGA